GUAUUCAACACAUCAUCGACACGGUUGAGUCAUAUUCUCAUUACUUUACUGUGACUGUAGUUUGAAUUCUUAUUUACUUUUCGUACUCCAGAGUCAAAGUAACAACUAAAAAUAUAAUAAGAUUGAUUAACAAAUAUUGUAUUUUAACUAAACGUCAAUUGAAAUCAAAAGUGUAGAUAGACAUUUUCAUAAAAUUGAAAAAAUCUUGACUUACAUUUUCGAGGUUCAUCAGUUGAAAUUUACUUAUAAUUAAGAAGAUAAAAAAGGCCGUGACACAAAUAUUUAUCACUAGGAAAAAAAUAAAUGCUAUGGAAAAUUAUUUAAUUUCAAAGUUCAUUUUAUUACUGUGCGUGUCAUCAAUAUUCGGAGCUUUGAAUAAAACUGACAUUACUAUCAAUGACAUCAAGAAUGCUCUCCCCGAUGGUGUAACAUUCCCGCCCGAAUUUGCAGAUGCAGAAUUGCCAAACAUUGACGACGCUAAAAAGCUUUUUAAAGACAAAUGCAUAAAAGUAUCUGGAAGUGAUGCAGCGUACGAGGAAGUAACUCAAGCAACAACAACAGUCAUGGAUUGCAUACAAAAUCUAGUGAACUUCUCUAGCAUUCCAGAUGAAAUAGAGAGAGCUAAACCAAAUGGAAACAUUGAUACCGUCUUCAACAAAUAUUGUCUGAAACGUGGAGAUGCGCUUGACUGCAUUCAUGACUUUACUGAAUCAAUUGAUCCUUGUUUGACAGCUGAAGAAAAGGAACAAAAAGUUCUUUUUAUGAAUAUCAGCAAAACACUUUUAGAAUUCAUUUGUCAUGAAAAUGGAAAUCACAUUGCAUUAUUUAUUGCUGAAGAAGGCCCAGAAUGCUUCAGUUCAAAACAAGAUGAACUUCAGGACUGCUUCAACAUAACAAUGGGAAAAUAUUUCAAUAAUGAGAUGCCAACAAUCGAUAAUUUACCAUCACUUGUGAUUAAGGAAGAAAAUUGUAUUGAUAUGGAUAAGCUUGAGGCGUGUGUGGUCAAAGAAUUGGAGAAAUGUAAGGAAUCAACACCAGCAAACUUAAUGGAAGCUCUCUUUCGUUUCGUUAGAAAGGAGACUCCAUGUAAGCAAUACCUGAAGACGCCAGACCAGAAAAGUGAUUCAAAUAUUAUCAGCAUUGGAAAAGUAAUGAUCGUUUUAGCAUUCGCUUUGACUUUUUCUAAAUAUUAAAAAUUGAAGGAAAUAAUUUGUGUGAGAAAUUUUUUAACGUUCAUGUUACCCUAAAAGUGGCAAAGUUAAUCGAAAUUGGGUUGGUGAUUAUAAAGAAGGUGAUAAGGUGUUAAAUUAGAAUUGGAUUAAAAUCGACGAUCAAAAUUAUAAAACCGCAUAAAACCAAACAUCAUUAGAAUUAAAAUAUGUCGAAUUAUUCAUAAAAGCGAUCAAUAGUUUUUUAAUUUUUAAUAUUUCUAAAAUAAAUUCAUGACUAUAAGACUUUCUUAUCAUGAACAUCACAUAAGCAUAGGUACAAUUAAUACAAUCGAACCAAAGCUUAUAUUUCUCUCUGUAUUAAUAUUUAUCUAGCGUCAUAUUAAAGUAAAGCAAUAACUUUGGAUAAUCAACAUAUAUACUCGAACAUAAAAUAUUUCCAUGCUUUUCGUGGUUUCAAUUUCAAAAAUAUUUCUUAAAUUUUAUAUGUCUAUACGUGUAACAAAUUUAUUCACUGGAAUAAGGUAAACAUUGAGACUUUUAGAAUUUUAAACAUUUCUGCAGCAGAAUUAAAAAAAUAUCUAAUAAAGAUUUUUUAGAAUGUCUUUUAAUCAAACAAAAUUAUAACGCAUGUUGUUUUGUGUACUCCCAAAUAAUUAAUGCACCAGUCACAUGAACAUUUAAACUUCGAACUACACCCAUUUGUGGUAUUUCAAUAGUUAAGUCGAGAAGAGAUAGCAAAUUAGCAGGAAUGCCUUCUUUUU